AUGUAUGUUGUAGCUUUACUGGGGAAUCUCACUAUCAUUUUGGUGUUUCAGCUGGAUAAGAAUCUUCAAAAGCCAAUGUACUUUUUCUUGGCAAAUUUGUCUUUCUUGGAUAUUUGUUAUACCUCAACCACCAUGCCAAAAAUGUUACAAAUACUCCUAGUGGAGAGGAAAACAAUCUCAUUUGUUGGCUGUGUAACUCAGCUAUAUUUGUUUUUUGCAUUUGUUGGCACAGAGUGUAUUCUACUUGGUAUUAUGUCCUAUGACCGAUUUGUAGCUAUAUGUAAUCCUCUCCAAUAUUUUGUCAUAAUGAACCAAAAACUUACCAGUCUUUUGGCAGGUGCCUCUUGGCUCUGUGGUCUUCUGAAUUCUAUAAUACAUACUUUUUUUACUUUUCGGUUACAUUUUUGCACCUCAAAUCAGAUAAAUAACUUUUUUUGUGACAUACCCCCUCUCUUAUCUCUGGCUUGUGAUGAUACAUUUCUAAAUAAACUCUUGUUACAAACUAUUGGGAUUUUCAUAGCUUGGACACCUUUUGUGUGUAUUAUAGUGACUUACUUAUAUAUUAUUGUGACUAUAAUGAAAAUUAGAUCAACUCAAGGAAGACAAAAGGCUUUUUCUACCUGCCUCUCUCAUGUAAUAGUGGUUAUUUUAUACUAUGGCACAUCUAUUUUUAAUUAUGUUAGACCAGUGUCUACACAUUUUUUGGAUAAGGAUAAAAUAAUCUCAGUCUUGUAUAGUGUUGUGACCCCAAUGUUAAACCCAAUUAUAUACACUUUGAAAAAUCAAGAUGUUAAAAAAGCUAUUAAAAAAAUAUAUUUAUAA